CCUCCUCCUCCAACUCCUCCUCCUCCUCCUCCUUCACCUCCACUUCCACCACCAUCCCCUCCUCCACCUCCUCCUCCUCCUCCUCCUCCUCCAUCCCCUCCUCCUCCACCUCCUCCUCCUCCUCCUCCUCCUUCAUCACCUCCACCACCUCCACUUCCAUCACCAUCCCCUCCUCCUCCACCUCCUCCUCCUCCACCUCCUCCUCCUCCACCAUCCCCUCCUCCUCCACCUCCUCCUCCUCCUCCUCCACUUCCACCACCAUCCCCUCCUCCUCCACCUCCUCCUCCUCCUCCUCCUCCUUCACCUCCACUUCCACCACCAUCCCCUCCUCCUCCACCUCCUCCUCCUCCUCCUCCUCCACCUCCCCCACUUCCACCACCAUCCCCUCCUCCUCCACCUCCUCCUCCUCCAUCACCUCCACCUCCCCCACUUCCACCACCAUCCCCUCCUCCUCCACCUCCUCCU